AUGGCGGCGGUGAUUAUCGACGAGGGACUGGCGGCGGAGGUGGCGGCGCGCGGGCAGACGGACACGUGGAAGGCCUUGGCGGAGGAGCUGCGCUUGGAUGCGGCGUCCGCGCUGGCGCUGGCCAUGGAGGAGUUUGAGGAGGUGCAGAGCGGUUCCGGGGUGGCGGCUGCGGAGAUGUCCGUGCUGUUGUGCACGGACGCUUAUAUCAGAGAGCUCAAUAACGAGUGGCGGGGUGUAGAUGCGCCCACGGACGUGCUGUCCUUCCCCCAAGACCAGCCUGCGGGGCUGUCCCCUCUGGUAGGCAGGGACAACCAACAGUAA